GACAUCUAUCAAUACUAAAUUAUAAAUUGUGAUGUGAAUAGAAUUUUGCAAAUUCCGCUAAAAAUCCCUCUGUUAAUUUAUAUUUAUUUGUUUAAAGUCGUUAUGAGUGUCGCUAAGAGUUAAUUACCGUUUAUAAAAUGAUGAACUCCUUUCACCACACCGUAAAAUAUUUACGGUUGGUGAAUCUCAAAACAGCGCUAAAAACUAUCAAAGAGUGCACUCCCAACCAAAUCAACAAUGUUACGAAGGCAAAACUGGAUUUCUCUAAGGCAAAAUCUAUUUCAAUCAGCCCCAGAUCAAUUGGUUUCGAAAUAGGUCAAAAACCAGAUGAAGGGAAAAUCAAACAGGAUCCUUUGUCGUACACCCCUAUCAUCAAUCCUAGAUCUAUACUGCCCUUGAUUGAUGGCAACUGGCAACGGCAAGAAGUGGGGCUGCCAACACAUAGGGAGGAGGAGAAACAGGCGGCCAGGCUGAUCGUCAUCAGAAGGAAAAAGAUGAAGAAGCAUCAGAGGAGGAAGCUGUGGAAACGCAUGAGGCAUCGCUGGGCCAGGGUGCGUCAGCGGAGGCGUCAGAUCAAGGAGAAGGUGUUCCAAGCGGAGCUCCUCGCGCUCAUGAAGAAGGCAGAUGAGUUCUCCGCCGAGCAGUAUGUGACCGACAAGAUCGCCCGAGCCAACCACACACCACUGCCUACGAGGUGGAGACACAAGCGCCUGCCAGAGUUCAUCAUCCGCCAACUGAUGGGCAUCGAUAAGAAAAUCAACUACAAACAUACUGAUGUCUAUAAAGCUUAAUACUUGUGUCUGAAUAUAGUAGAUUUAACUAGC